AUGCCGGUUCAUGGGUUCAACAUCAAAUUCUUUAUUGAGAAACGCUUCCCUAUCCUGGUGGCGCUACCUGACCUGAACCCCCGAUGUUACCGAGUCGGAGAAUGUAUCCUGAUGAUACUCGAUAUGCAACGGCACACCGACGGCACUUCACUCUUCGCAUUCUGCAUCUCGGUUACAUAUAAGGGAUACAGCCUCAAUUUUCGUACAUCGCGUCUUCGAAGCGAAAAUGCAACCUCGAACGGCGAAAUAGCAAAGGGCCCCCAUGUGAACCGGGCGACGGAGUCACAUCGAGAGGACAGCAACUACAACCCCAAUGCCGAAACCAAACUCGGAAAUUUCUCAGGCUUCCUUUGUUUCCCCUCCCGCAUCCAGGAGGUACUCUCACCAGCCGUCUGGGACAGCACGUUGACCGGGGAUUCAGACCAAUGGCAUCACUGGCCGGCCAAAUUCUCGUUAUUGGUCAACCUUGGGCUGGACUUGAUCGUGCCCUUAGCGGUCCUGAGGGAGAGACAAGAGCCAUUUGAUCUGCCCGAGACUCAGAAACACGAUGUUCGAACAGACGUCGCGGGCUCUGCUGGUUCGUCUGAACUCGACGUGACCCGGGUGCUGACAGAAAUGGCACCUGCGGGAGGGAAUCUCACUGCAUCGGCGGACUGUUUUCUGCAAGGAGGGACCCCCGUCUCCACUGGCGUUGGAGCCCCUGCAAGAAGAGGGCGAGAUCCCAGAUUGGAGGCUGCUCUCGCUCUCUACUGCCCUUGGGUCUAUAUGCAGUAUCCGUAUCUUCCUCGCCACUGGGUAUUGGCUGAUCUCUCGCUGUUAAGCAAGGGCUUGCUUGAUUAUCUGUACGUACUGCUCAUGCCGGUUGGGAAUGUGAGAGAGAGCAAGAAUACCUGUAGCCAUCACGUUGUCAACCUGUCGCCACAACAUCGAUGA